AUGGAAGGAAGUAAAGAUUAUGAAUGAUCGGUGUGCCUGAAUGUUCUGGUACUCCCUGUGGCGACCAAGUGAGGCCAUGUGUUUUGUAAGUACUGUAUACAUGGGUAUUUGGAAACUAGUGCGAAGAAACAGUGUCCUAUGUGAAGAACUCCGCUCAGACCGACUCAUUUUCAUCCGAAAGUUAUUAAGAGCAAGUGGGAAGAGAUACAGUCUAUGUACCCAGAAGAGAUAAAAGAUCGAUAUGAAGCAGUUAGAGAAAAGGAAGAGGAGGAAAAUAAAAAUAUGACUGUAUGGCUCAAAUUUGGAAAUACUUAUGAAGAGCUUAAAGAGUUUACCUCUCGAGGAGUCAUAGAUUUUAAACACAAAUGGUCUCUAUAUGUUCAACUUCAGAACAAAAAGAUAGAUCCUAAAUGUAUAAUUAAAAAGGUAGAAUUUGACUUAGAAGAUCCGUCUGGAACUACAACAAUUAAGAAAAACUUUCCGCCUUAUCGAUACAACUGAAUUGGAUAUGGAACUUUUUCAACUCCAAUUACGAUCACAUUCCAAUUUUGGACUAAACUCGAACCAAUGAAGAUUGAUCACUUCUUAUCGUUCGAAAAAGGUGGACUGAAUCGAUCGGUAGCAAUUAAGCUGGAUAAAGAGAUGUAUAAAUUAAAGGUAAAAGCAGCAGAUCCUCAUCAGAAAUUUUAG